UCAUAAUCAAAUAGGGAGUUAAAUAAUUGAAAUAUUCUAAAUUUGAUAGCCAUUUUACUGAACAGUACUGUAAAAUCUUGGUCAGGUCAAAACUUUCGCCUACUUCUCGGCAGUGAAAGAUGUCGGAAAAUGAGAUUUUUAUUCUGUACAAUGGGCAAAAAGAAGUGUUCGAUAUUGAAGAUGUUACUGACGAAAACUUGAAAGAUUACUUUGGGUUUGAAGUGAAGUUUUUAAUUGAAGAAGAAACGGGAAAAAUUGUGUUUAUCAGAAACCACGAAAAAUUCAAAUUAGGCUCAACAUACAAAUUGAGAACGGCACUUCCGUCGCAAGCCGAAGUAAAUCAAAAACAGAAAAUCAAAAGCAGAAAAUCAAAAACCGAAAAUCAAAAACAUUCUGAAGAUGAACAAAAUAAAAAAAUUGGCAACUUUCUUGCAUCAAAUAAAAGCACUGUUCAAAAUGCACUUAUUGCUUGUCUUGCUGCAUAUGAUCAGAAUCCAAAAGAAUUCCUAGAGCAUCGGAUCCAGGACCAUCAUUUGAAAUCUUUGGUCACUAGCGUCAAUGGAGAUUGCUCUUUUAUCAUUGCCGAAAGUGAAGAUGAAACAACGUUGUACAUUGCGUUCAACGGAACCGAAUGUUUACAAGACUUGGUUACAUAUUUCAAUGAUCCUUCAAAACAAUCUCCAGAUGCCACUUCAGUCGAGAAAACGCGGGGAUCCAUUUUUCUGUCCCGAGCAAAUGCAUUCCCUUUUUCGACAGUUAACAAAUUUAUGGAGGGCAAAAAUAUUGUGCUAUGUGGUCAUUCUCUUGGAGGCACAUUAUCUGCCCUUGUUUAUUGGCAGUUCAAAUCCAAUCAAAGUCGACAUAUCGAACUGACGCCAUAUGAUGAUGUUAUCAAUAUAACCUUCGGUUCGCCACUGUUCGAUGUUUUUUCCUUCAAUUGCUUCGUCGAAAACAGUUCGAAUCCAGAUCCCCGUAUGUAUAAUAUUGUUUCUGAAAGUGACCCAGUUCCAAAUUUAGUUUGCCUCGCUCAAAUUGUUGCCGAACAAAAAAUUAAACUUUCGAUGAGCUCGACAUUAUUAUCAAUCAGGAAUAACGCGAAUUUUUGGCGCUGCAAAAAAUUGUUGGAAAAGGUACUGCGAAUCAUAAGCGUUGUUGCUGAUCCGAGAGCUGUUAUGAGUAAGAAAAUAUCCGAUUCGCUUUCGUCUUUGAAAGACGAAAAUCUCGAAGAGGAAGAAAAGGAACUGCGCCGAAGGUUUUUUCACAUAGGCAACUACAUUGUGUUGCCAGAAGAAAACUCUGAAAAGUUUUACACGUGGAAGUCAGAUAAAAUAAUGCAUUGUUUUGAACAUUUGAAGACAAUCAACUGGGAAAAAGUUUACAGCCACAAGCUGGAAAACUAUGAAAUCAAAAAAGAAAUAAAGAGUUGCUUCGAAAAAAGGACAGAUGCAAGAGACAAAAUUGAAACAAUUGAGUUUUUCGAGCCAAGAGUAAUUGACGGUGAGCUUGUAUGUGAAGAAGAUCAAGAAGAUAAACUCGUAAUUUUGAACUUGAAGGGGGAAAAUAUCGCAUGUAUUUGUCUAGAACGGUGUGAAUUCAAUUUCGGCUUUCGCUUUGGCGUGAACCGCAAAUCUGAAAUUAAACACGUCUUAGUGGGAUCCAGUCCGAACAAAGAAGAGCUAAUUAUAAGUCAGGCAGUCGCCCAAGAAGACUUAAUAAACUCUAGAAUUUUUCACCUGAAACUUGCGACUGUUUUUGGAGAAUGUGAAUACACGCUGCGUAGGAAUGAAAUCAGAAACAUUGAAGUGCCCACAGUCAUGAAGUUCUCGAAAGAUGCGCCAGCGUGCCAGAUUUUGAAGAAAGCUUUUCACAGAGGAGUGGCCUUAUUGGAAAUAUCUGAUGGAAUUAAUUUGCACGGUCCACUCAUUGAAGGAAUUCUUGAUUUAGCUAAAUUGACCCUGGAAGAGAGCGAAUUUGACCAAUUAUCGAGAAUUUUUGAUCUAGGAAAAGACGCUUUGCAGAAUCUUGUGAAUAAUGAAGCGGAAUAUCAAAAAGUGCAGCAACUUUUUGAAAAAAUUACCAACAUUUUGCAAAGUGGCCUGCGUUUGGAGGCAUCCAAAAGCGCCUUAGAGAAGUUAGGCAUCGCUGUAUGUGCCGUUGGAGCCGCAGGGGUUGGCGCUUUUUUAGCUGGCCCCGGGUGGCUUCUUUUUGGGACCAUGCAAAGUCUUGGAAUAGGGGGUGCUGUUGGAUUAUGUGGAGGUGGUUUUGGCGGUAACUGGCUCUUCUAUAGGGAUUUAGGACAGAGAAAUUAUUACUUCUUCCUUCAAAUUGUCGGAAAGCAGCUAUUUAAGGCAUACAAAAAACGACUUCCUUUAGAGGAAACGCACCAGGAUUUAGAAGAUUUAAUUCGGAGAGAUGGCGUGUACCACCUGGAAAAAGCCCUCUCUCUAAUGUACGACCCGCAACUAGGCAAAAACAACUUCAACGGCUGCGAACUUGAAGGGGUGUAUGAAACAUGCAAAGAGGAACUCACAAAACGAAUUGAAGCUAUCAAACAAAUGCAUGAGUUGCGUGAACAGUUGGCAAAGCAGUGUUUCAUUGGAGUUAUCGGUCCCCAGGAUGCAGGAAAAUCGACCUUUCUGAAUCAAAUGUGGAACUGCCACGCUCAGACUGGCAUCAAUCGCCAUACAACCAAGCCUACACUUUACGACAUUAAUGACAAAAUCAAAGUUAUUGAUUUCCCAGGACAAAACAGCUUCGAAGACUACUCCAGAUCAUUCAGUAUUUGUGGAUCAAUGAACAAUAUCAUCAUUGUCAUUCUCUAUUUCACGGGCGAUGUUAGUAAAAUGGUAAGCAGCCAGUUGAAAAAAGUGUUCCACGCUGUCGCAGAUUCUCCGGACCACCGAAUUAUUAUCUGCGUAAAUCAAUGUGGGAACAAACUGAAAGAUCUAGAAGACUAUGAACUGGAACUGGAACAGACGGAGGCCGCGAUAAAAAGUCCUCUGAAGCAGCUGAAGGCGAAUUACAUAAACAAAAUUAACUCUUACUUCCGCGAGACAAACAAUUCACUAAGAGUAUCGUUGAAUGAAAAAACGUAUUUUUUACAGACUGGAAGCUAGAUCAACACUUUCGAGAUAGAUUUGGAAUUUCAGGAAUCGAGGAAAUAAAAGAGGUUUUGAAAAAGAGCAUGAUUGAUUUGGGGGCUAUCAAAUCAACAGCUACAGACGAUCUGAACGCAGCUUUCAGGCAGCUAUAAAUAAAGACAAGACUGCUCGUAUCAGGGCGAAGCUUUGAAUGUUUUGACUACCUUUUAUGGUCUAUAGAGCAGAGUUCGUUUUGAAAACUGAUAGAUACUUCAAAAAAUAAGAAUUUAUUUAAAUUAUCCCCCACGCGCCAUAUAGAAUACAAA